AUGCAGACCAGACAAGCAACGCCAAAAGAGCAGGAGCUCAUCGAUGAGGUGCUGUCGCUGUACCAGCUCAAGCCCACGGACAAAUCAUAUUGCCAUUACAAGCCUGAUGCAGUAUUCCAUGAUCCUGUAUCUAUUGCACAGGGUUUGGAUAGCAUCAAGAGCCAGUUCAAUGGCAUGCCCAAGCUCUUCGAACGCUCCGACACACAGCAGUGCGUGGUAAUCGAUGACGGGAAACCGGAUACGCUCGCUCUGAACCUCACGCAACACUACGUCUUCAAAGGCGGUAAGACCCCCGAGAAGACCCUCAACAGCAAAGUCACGCUCAAGCUCGACCCGCAAGGCAUGAUCGAGCACCACGAGGAGGAAUGGGACCACCAGCCAAACAAAUCGGCUGACGACGGUUUCAUGGGGAGGUUGCAGGAGUGGCGGAAGAAGGCUGAUGCGAAGAUGGUUGAGGCGGGAGUGAGCAGCGAUCCGAAGAAGAUUUGA